AGAUUUUAUAACUUCUUGGCGCAGCGUCCAGCUGCGGAGCUGGCGAGGUCGCCAGCUCAGCGCGAGAGGAUCGGAGUUCUCCCAGAUACAUCACAAAGUCCUGCCUGGACUGCUCUUUGGUGUCAAGGGUUGUUUUUCCAGUAAUUUGGACCUUUUUGAAGUGCCCGCUUGCCUAAUGCCAUGAAUAUUGCAGUGAACAAUGUGGAAGAAAAAGCUGUCCAUUCCUGGUCGAGAAUUUCCUCUGCAGGACAGAAAGUGCUGGAGGAAGCCCUCCGAGUCUUCAACCCGAUGUCCAAGGACCUUUCGGACACAGAGACCCAGCUGGUGGCCUUCAUUCAGGGCCUGAAGGAGGAGGGCUACCAGCCCACAAUUCUGAGGAGUAAGGAUGUGUACGGGUACAGCUCGUGCACGGCAGACACACCUAGCCAAACAAAAGACAGCACCCCGCACAACUGCGCCGCUGCCGCCGAGUCCGCUAAGAGUCCGGCUCGAAACACUGCAGCUGCGGCAAAGGUGUCUGCUUCGCCCACCAGCGUUUCGGUGGACUCUUCGAAAGUCUCCGCUCAGCCCGUCUCUAAAGGGGAUUCCACAAAUCUCCUCUUGAGCUCCUUGAAGCAGACAAGAUCUGGCACGUCCAAGGCCGCGGCGGUGGGCUUCCCUACAAGCAUGUAUCCUGACGUGUAUCCAGCCAUGAGACUGUCGGUGGUUCUGGAAGCUCUGGUGCCGCUGAAAACUACCGCGUCCCGUUUGGAGUCCAAGUACACACGAGGGCGUCUUGGGAUCUCGCCCUCGGACCUUAAACUCCUCAAGGCUUCGAGUCCGCCGAGGCAGUUUUCUUCAGGCAAGGCCGCUAAAAUAACAGAAGGUAAGGGGUACAAGCGUUUGAUAAAGAAAGCACCGGAUUCUGCCACCCUCGCUUUAAAUCUUCUGAAGGGACCAAAGGGUGGAGUGCUGCAGGAGAGCAAUGCUUGCAAAGCCUCGGGAGUCCUCAAUGGGAGAGUCACAGGCAGCUCGUCCCAGGGCUGCACCACAGCACAGCAGUCCAAGACCUUGAAAAUCAAAAAUAAGGAACCUCUGGUGGGAAAAACAGAGUGGAAGGACAGCAGCACUUACCGGGAGAGUGCUGGGCAGAAGAGGAGAAGAGCUACGGAGGCAAGAGAAGCACCACAGAGGAAGAGAGCAAAUACCAUUCCUGUCCGAAAUAAAUCUCGACGGGCUCAGAGCACUUUGAACCUGCUGAAAUUCCGGGCCAUCAAGGUGGGCAACUCUUCCUCUGACGAAGAAGUGAGGAGGAGAGCACAGAAGAUUCUUAGGGUCAACCUGUCCCCCGUGAUCCGAAUUCAGCCCUUGUCCCACUCUCACAGUGUUCCCUGAGUUUCUUCGCUCUGUCACUUUUUUUUGUAAGUAAGUAAAUACGAGCCCGGCACCAGAGCGUGGAGAAGUUUAAGAGCGACUCUGGAUCUCUGGUGCCUGGUGACGAUAUGUCGACUAACCUGCAGACGGAGCAGCCUGCUCUCGCGCUGCUUCUGCCUGUCUACCACUGCUAUGCAGAACUGACUGCAGAAAUACAAAAUCCUGUUCAGGAACGUGGGACGGUGACUCACCCGCGGCGAGCCGAGCGGGUCGGAGGGCUCGCUUCCCGCGGGCGCUCUUCUGAACGUGGCAGGCUGCGCUCUCGUGCAGGGGGAGAACACGGGCCUUUCUCAUGACAUUGAUGCACUGUGAUAUUGCUCUUUUUCAAGCUGUACAUUUACUGGUUUUAUUUUGAUCAAAUUUUAUAACUUUAUUAUCUAUAUAUCUAUAUAUCCAUAUAUGUGCAUAUCACCUAGGAACUGUGGGAAGAUGCACUUCCUCCAUCCCUCUGGGACUGGGUUCGAUAGCUUUUGUUCCCCCUCUCCUUCAGCCAGUCUUUUGUUGAAAGGUGCCAGGAUUUCUUUGUGGUUCAGUGUUGUGACUGUCUGUUCUGGGCUCUCUUGAGCAGCUCAGAGGCAGGCAGAGUUAUAGCCACUUGUUUGUCUCCAGAAACGCCAAGCAAUUUGGAGAAUUACCAGCUGAUAGUUGACUAUAGUUUUAAUAAUAUUUUCGGUAUUACCUCUGCAUAAGAGUGGGGGAGUGUUAUGGGGCUGUUGCCUCCAAGUCUGCCUGACAUCUGUAGGUGCCUCCUCCGUUUGUUGGUAGCAGAAGCUCUGAACU